AUGAGCGCUAGAAAGAGGAUGUCAGUGACUGAAGAAACGCCGUUAACAGAAAAUGCAUCAGGCCUCAAAAAGAAGGUAGUUUACGAACGAAGAUUAUACUCUUGGGAUGAGAUUCCAGAGUGGCAGAAAGAUAAUGAACACAUCCUGACUGGAUAUGUGAGAGAAACACAGAGCUGGCGUGAGCUCUUUUGGUCUUUGUUUUAUCUUCACAACGAGAGUGUAAAUAUCUACACGCACUUGAUUCCAGCUGUUUUAUGCUUUUUGACGAUAGUUUUUGCAACAAAUCAUAUUAUCUAUGAGUAUCCAACUACAUCUACGGUUGAUUAUUGUGUUAUCAAUCUCUUUUUCUUAGGAUGUGCUACCUGCUUGUCGAUGAGCAGUUUUUUCCACUGUGUAAAGUGCCAUUCAUUACCAGUUUCAGUUUUCGGUAAUAAACUCGAUUAUUUGGGGAUCGUAGUUCUCAUUUCAACUUCUAUGAUAAGUAUUUUAUUCUACGGGUUUUAUGAUAACAGUAUGCUCUUUUAUUCGUUUGCGGGACUUACAUCAUUUUUCGGAGUUGUUUGCGGAUAUGUAUCUUUAAAGAGUAAGUUCAGAACAAGAGAGUGGAGGCCUUAUAGAGCGGCAAUGUUUGUACUCUUUGGGAUUUCAUCAAUACUACCAAUAAUAGCUGGAUUCGUAGUAUACGGUAAAGAUGAGACUUGGCAACGUAUUCAAAUGACAUGGGUAAUUUGGGAGGGAGCACUUUACAUAUUUGGUGCUUUCCUCUACGGAGUGCGGUUCCCAGAAAGGAUUUCACCCGGGAAGUUCGAUAUAUGGGGCAAUUCUCAUCAAAUAUUUCAUGUUCUAGUGGUAGUAGCAGCUUUAUGUCAUUUAAGGGCUUUGUUGUACUCCUAUGACCUAACUCAUCAGAAUAUGAUGUAA